CUUUCUAACGAGAACGAGAACGAGCUCGAGCGGCGAUAUCCACCAUCCGCAAAACGCAAAACCCUAAAACCUCACUCAACUGUUACCACCAUCACCGCCUUGGCGACGAGGAGCUCUUCACUCAGAGGUCGCAUCGGCAGCACUUCCUCGCCCUGCCUACCGCCGCCCAUUUCCCAUUUCCCAUUUCCCAUUUCCCACUUGAGAAGCGAAUCGAAAGGGGAUCCUGCUUCGACGAAUUUGAGUCUUCCAGCCGCAAGUGCAGGUAAAAGAUUUCCUCAAGUUGGUUCCAAUAUAAUGCUUCGGAGUGGAGUGCUCCGAUGCGCUCAUGACCGCCGUCGUGGAUAAGAACAAUGGUGGUGGCAUCAGCAGUUGCCGGUUUACAAGUGGUAGGAGCAAACCAUUGCGCCUUCACUUCUAGGAGGGUGUUCAUGUCUAUGACAACAAUCUCCCAGUUCAACUUGAAAGUAGCCAGUCCAGGGUUCACAAGCUCGUCAAAUGCCUUCUUUCUCAAAUCUCUUUCAAAGAGACAUCCACCUUCUGUAAAACAUUCCAGAGUCAUUACCAGGGCAAUGUCUGGGGAAACUGAGAAAACAUUGGCAUACGGCUUACCCAUUGAUCUAAGAGGUAAGAGAGCUUUUAUUGCGGGUGUGGCUGAUGACAAUGGCUAUGGUUGGGCAAUUGCAAAGGCUCUUGCUGCUGCUGGGGCAGAAAUUCUUGUGGGCACAUGGGUUCCUGCUCUAAACAUUUUUGAGACUAGCUUAAGGCGUGGCAAGUUUGAUGAGUCUCGCAGAUUGCCAAAUGGUUCUCUUAUGGAAAUUGCCAAAGUAUAUCCUCUUGAUGCAGUUUAUGAUACUCUUGAGGAUGUGCCAGAAGAUGUCAAAGCAAAUAAACGUUAUGCUGGGGCCUCAAACUGGACUGUCAAGGAAGUAGCUGAAUCUGUGAAGAAUGAUUAUGAAAGCAUUGAUAUCCUUGUGCAUUCACUUGCUAAUGGACCGGAGGUAACAAAACCACUUUUGGAGACAUCUAGAAGAGGAUACCUUUCUGCAAUCUCGGCUUCGAGUUACUCUUUUGUUUCAUUGCUCCAACACUUCCUUCCAAUAAUGAACCAAGGGGGUGCUACAUUGUCAUUAACAUAUAUUGCCUCCGAAAGAACCAUUCCAGGAUAUGGAGGUGGAAUGAGUUCAGCAAAAGCAGCCUUGGAGAGUGAUACUAGGGUAUUGGCUUUUGAAGCAGGACGAAAAGGCAAAAUUCGAGUAAAUACAAUAUCAGCAGGGCCAUUGGGAAGUCGAGCAGCAAAAGCUAUUGGAUUCAUAGAAAAGAUGAUAGAUUAUUCCUACGCUAACGCCCCAUUGCAGAAAGAACUGCGUGCAGAGGAAGUUGGCAACACGGCAGCGUUCUUGGUGUCACCUCUGGCUUCAGCAGUGACUGGUUCUGUAGUUUAUGUGGACAACGGUUUGAAUACCAUGGGGCUUGCCCUUGACAGCCCAAGAUUCACAACAUAAGAUAUCGAACCAGGUUCUGAUUUUCUUGUCCAUGGAUUCAAUUCAUUAUAUAUCACUAGGGAAGAAUUGUUUCUAAACAUUUCGUAUGAGUUAUUUGUGCACAAUUAACAACGUCACUAUUGGUGCUGGUGAUACUUAGCAUUUUGCAUAUUUUUUCUUCCAUCUUA